AUGUUGAGGGUGACGACAAUCACACUGGUGCUUUGCCUUACCGGCAUUGCAUGGGUAUGCUUUAAUUUCCUCAUACUAUUAUAACUAAUUUUAUUAUUAUUCUUAUUUAUUUAUUUUGUAAAUUUCUUUAUUAUGCAAAGGUUUAAAAUUACAGUGUUACAAUGUGUUACCAUUUUACAAUAAAUCAUGUAUGAUACAAACAAUAGCCAAUAUUCUUAUAUAGUGUUCCAAACAUUUUGACUUUUUAUGUCUAAUGUAGAUCUGUUGUCUCCUUUUCUUUUUACUUUUUUAAUUUUUUUAUUUAUAUUUUUAUUUUAUUUGUAUUAUUAUUAUUAGAUUUGAGUGUGCAUUUAUUUAUGUAAUAACUUAUUCUGCAUAUACAUUUCCCUCACCAUUUAUAGUAUAUUUUGUUACUCAACAUAUACAUUAUAUAGCUAGUGAUUCUUGUUGAAGAAAACUAUUAGGAUUUUUCACAAAAGUGAAAAUUCAAAGUGAAUUCCAAAUUUAAGGCCAGAAUAGUUUAACUGAAAGCAUAGGUCACUUACAGAAUUUAGAGGCUAUUUUGACCUCAAAUUUGUGAAUCCACCUUGAAUUCUCACAUUAGUGAAUAACCCUGUGAAAUAACUUGUCCUGUCUUCCCUUUAUUUCAACUAUUCAAUGUUACAGUAGGCAAGUCAUUGAUGGGAAUUAACCAAGGAGUUGUACAUUUUAAGUCAAAAUACUUUUUUCCAGCUCAGAUAUUUUAACAUGAAAUUGCAUUUUUUUCUGUCAAUUCCCAGUAAUUCAUGCUUUGGUGAAUAAUAGCCAGGUGACAAUUGUUUAAAUCUCUUUACUAUUCUGAGCUAGUUAUCCGCUUGGAAAUGACACAACACAAUAAAAUAUGAUGAUGAUGAUGAUAGCUACUCUUUGGUACUAUAGCUCUUGUGGACUACAUUUCCCAUAAAUCUUAGUCAGCCAUCUAGCAUCCAGAGAUGUGCAGUCCACAAAUGCUGGAGUGAUAAAAAAAAACUGAGCCAUAAAAUCAUAAAGUGCACAGAAGUUUAAACUGCAGAAAUAUAAAAGCUUUUCAAGGACAGUAAGGCACAAUGACUGAAGCUGUGUUAAAUGUCAUUUAAACAUAUUCUCUAAACAGGGAAGUAUGCAAAAUGAAAAUUAGUUUUGUAGGAUAUAGGCCAACAGAGCUUUGCUGAUAAAAUGUGGCAAUUUAGAUUUUGAGCUUGGCUAUUGUGUUUGAAAUUAUCAAAUUAAUUUUGAAAUUUACCAGAAAUCGCUGUUUAGUGAAUGAGCCCUGUUUUUUGCUCCUGUUGGAGCCUCUUUAAUAUUGUUAGCUUCAAGAGCAACCCACUCCAUGUUAUAUAUUUUCCAUUAAGCUGCUGCUGCAUGUGAUAUGUGCCUAAUAUUAAUUUUCUUUUUAUGUUGAAAGUCAGAAACUUUUGAAGAGGAAGGAGGAGGCAUCCGAGGUCCCAGAAUAAUGGAACCUAAAGCCGCAUCAGACUGUAAGCAGGAUAAGAACUGGCCAAUAUGUGCUGAUGAAGACUGGGUAAGAAAACUUUAGUACAAGAAUACUCAUUAAAAAAGUUGAAAUGUUGACAGUAUCACGUUUAAACUUAAUUUGUUGACUUUCAUAAUUUAGAUAAGAUGCCAUGAUAAAAAUCAUACAAUUAUUAUAAAUUUAGCAAAAGAAGUCUAAAAAACUUCUGAAGAUGCUGAAGAUUUUUUUUUCUCAGUUUUUGUCUAAUUUAUUUUGACCAAAAUUCCUAGCUGACUUUUCCUUAAAGCGUUACGGUAGGCACCCAGACAACUUCAUCUCAGGUGCUGUGUCACUCAUCCCUGAAUCCUACAAUUUAAAAUAUUGCAGGGUUAACACUGCUGUGCAUGAGAGCACACAGUGUCUAGAAUUCCCCACUGAGGCAAUGUUUUCCUAUUGGGAAGGCCUAAAAUAUUAUAUUCAUGUCAAUACACAUUGGAGCAUAAUAUGUUCCAGCGAGGCCCCAAAUGUUCACAAUAAAAGCUGACCAUUGCUUUUAUAGUGAACAUAAGCAUUUAGGGCCUCACAUGCCAUGCUAUAAAAAAGGUCUAUCGGGGCCCACUCUUAAUACAUUACUUUUUUCACUAUUUAUGUAUGUGAAUACUGAAGAAUCCCUCUUUUUUCCUUAAAAGGAGCAUUUCAUAUUACUUUUUAUUCUUAUUUAUUAAGAAAUGUAUUCAUACUUAUUCAUAAAUUUUUAUUAUUCAGUCAUAAUGUAAAUCAUCCACUAGCUUUUUAGGGUUAUCACUAAUAAAAGGAAUAAAGUUUGACUUAUUAAAAUUAAAAAAUACCAUCUGCCAAUAUGAACAUUAUAACUUUUUGCUCUACAUACAUACUCGCUGUAUUCACUGUGCAAACAGAGUAAAUGAAAUGCAGUCACACAUUAUACUAAAGUGAUUUCAAAGAUAACUUCAAAUUUAAGGUUUGAGUAGCUGAACUGAAAGUAUAGCUGACUUAGAGAUUAGUUCUUGCUGACUCUUUUGACCUUGAAUUUUUCAUUUUGAUUUCACCUUGAAUUCUCACUUUAGUAGAUAGCCCUGUAUGUGUGGCAGCCAAUCAUUAACUCUUAUAUUGGUCUUCAAGCCAGACCUGGAAGAAUACCAUCAGUCCAAGUGUGUUUAAAAAAACAGACAAUGAUAAAUUCUUAAAGGGGUACUCCUGCUAGACCCACAGAUGUAAGAUUUACGUUUUAGAUUAGAUGACUGUUACAGAGUUAUUUACUAAAGUGAGAAUUGUUGGGAUUUCAAGCUGAUUCAAAUCUAAGGUUAAAGUAUCCAAACUGAAACCAUAGUGGACUUAAAGAAUUUUUCCAGUUUUGACCCUAAAUUUUUGUUUAGCUGUUAGGCCUCUACAGCAGAAAGCUGACAAUUGAACUGCAAUCCUUAAUAAACUUGAUGUGAGAUAAAGGGUAAAUGCUAAGAAUAGAUGGAUGCCCGGGCAUGAUGGGGGGGAUGAAUUAGCCUCGCCCUGAAAAUCUGAUGUAGAUUUUAAGAUCAUAUGUUUUCCUGUUUAGGAAAGGUAGGAAAAACAAAACAUAUGUUCAGAAAGCUCUACUAUUAGUCUCCAUAGUGAUAAUAUAUAUUUUUUCCUGUGGAAAACUGCCCGUUUUAAUGUAUGCUCCCUAAAUGGAACUGGGAUUAUUAUGAAAGACUGCCCACACUCCGUCUUAUGCCAUUGAUGUUAAGCAAUGCUAUAGAAAUAAUUAUAGUAAGCAUCAAGUAUUUCAUGGUUUGGUGAGAGCUCAUUGCAAAUUUUACACAACCAAUAGUUUAAAAAAAUAAUCUGGGACUUUUUCUAUUUUUAUUAUGUGUGCUUUACUGUAUUUGCAUAUAUCUUAUGUAGUAUACGUUAUAUAAAUAUUUAUAUUUAAACUGGGAUUUCCCUUUAACAAUCUAUAUUUCCCUAAUUUGCAAUUUACUACUCACAGAAUACUGAUAUGUAUUGAAUUAACAAUGGGCUUCAUAAAUAUAUCCCAAAAUAAGAGCUUUAGAACAAAAGUCCACCUAACAGACUGGCAAGCCAUGGAUUGACAUUAUGUGUGUGUACAUGGCUAUGUUUCUCUUAGGAAUAAAAAAACUGGAAGAACUGGAUGUUCUGAGAGUAAAGUAAUACAAUUUGUGAUUAUGGGUGAAAUGGGCUAAUACAUUAAGUUAUCAGACAUAAACCAAUGACCAAAUGGCACAUGAAAAAAAAACAACCUGUGUCGAUGCUAUCUGAAAAUUACAAGAUCAGCCUUCAAAUUCCAAACUCUAUUUCAAUCAACUGUGAAUACAAGAUUUGUGAGAGACCAUAAAAUUAACCCACGCUACAGCACAGAUAGCAGAUGGGUAGAACAGAUAUUUAUUCCUGGCAGGGUCAAUUAAGCCUUUCUUCUUUUCAAAGUCAGUAAACUGAGCUCUAUUGAGUUGGGUAAUGAAAACACCAAGAUCUCAGCAUGUAGGUGAAAAUGUAUCACUACUUUUAAAAUAACUACAGAUCAUCAUAAUUGUUUGAUAAUAAAGUACUGUAGUUAUCUUCUUUAUAUGUUGUUAAAAGAGCAAUUAUUGUUCAAAGCUCUAAAUGUAGAGAAAUUAGUAGGAACGUUCUAUUGGUUUCCAAUGCGGAUUGCUCCAAAUUUAGAAUAUUUCUAAAGAAUUAGUUUUUAUGGAUACCUCUCAUUUUAUAUCUGUACUAUAAAUUGGGAGCCAAAUUGCUAACCAGAUGUUUCCUGCAGGGUCCCAAAUGUCCUUCUGGAUGCAGAGUUGCAGGUUUAGCCACUCAGUCUGAUAAAGAAUUUGGCAAAAGACUUGACAUAAUCCGACAGAAGUUUAAGGAUGGAGAAAUCAAUUACAAGAGUAUUGAUGUGAGGACCAAAGAAACAUACGAUUCCAUAAAGGAUAACUUAUUCCAAGCACAACGUAAGUAAAAAUGCAGUAAAUUGAAAUUUAAACUGAGCAGGCAAUGUAUGAUGAAUAUUAAAUAGUCUAUGUAUUGGUAAUGCAAAAGCAAAUGAUGGGUCUCAUAAAAGGAACACUUUUCUGCAAUUGGUGCAGAUUUGUGUUUUCUUUGUAUCAAAAUAUUCCAUGUCAUCAGGCACUUUCUCAUUGGGUUUCAAAUGCAGGUGACCAUAGAAAGGAGAUCUUCAUAUCUUGUAGAACUACACAUGAACCUUUGCAAGUCAUGUCAUACUCAAGUCAGAAUGUUUCUACAGUAGUGAGAAAUUAUGCAGUCUCUGUGUGAACAGGUCAAUAACCAUGGGUGUAAGUUGGUUUAGAUCUUUCAGUCUCUCCUGACUGGCAGGGUGACAAAUCCUUAUCACCAUGUCACGUCCUGUGUUACCAUGUUGAUAUACUGUCUGCAAUGGUUGAUAAAUUCCUCGUGCACUGGUCUAGGAACUUAAGUCGUGGUAAAAUACAAUUUUAAUUGUGUUAGAAUUGCCAUGAAUGGGACACUCACAGAAUUAUAAUCACUUUUUUUUCACAAACUCAUUAAUGCAGUUCAUUACAGCUAAUGUAAUCUGGAAAAUAUCUGGAGCUGCCUGCCCAAUCACCCAAGCCAUGAGGUCAUAGGAAUGAAGCACAGGUUGAAUGACAUGUGCAUACAUGGCUUGUGUUAGUCAAAGAAUUUUGUUUUCUGUUUAGUUUUCUGUAAAAGAACCUGUACUGCAGCCAUCCUCAUGCUGGACAAGCAGUGAUUGGAGUGCUACACCUUUCCGUUAAAAACAAUGAUAGGACUGACUGCAAACACUCAGUCCUGCUCUUAAUAUUGUUUUCCUUUCUCAGGCCCAAUCAUUGGGCAUAAAGUAGUGAGCAUUUUUAUUCCAGGUGUGGCGUUGCCAACAUCUUAACACAAUAUGAUUUUUUAAGAGGAACAUUGUAUAGGUAGUUAAAUUUGCAAUACAGUAUUUUUUCAUAGCAUUGUUUUAACCCCAUUUUCAUUUUGUGUAUUUUUAGAGAGUGAUGGAAAAUACAACGAAGUAUCUGAGAACCUCAGAAAUAAGAUUGAAUUUUUAAAGAAAAAAGUUGUUAAUCAAGUAGAAAGGAUCAAAGCACUGCAAAGAAGCGUCAGGGACCAGGUUGUAGAAAUGAAGCGGCUUGAGGUAAUCUAUGGUUUCACAAUAAUUAUCUUUAUAUUUCUUAUGCUAUUAUCUUAAAGUACUCCCCAUAUAUUUUGGAUAACUGACACACCUUUUCCUGUUUUUUGUUUUUGUUUUUAAACAGGUGGAUAUUGAUAUCAAGCUUCGUUCCUGCAAGGGAUCUUGUGCAAAGUCUGUUGAAUACCAUGUAGACUAUGACAGUUAUGAUAACAUCCAAAAACAAUUAUUGCAAGCUGAAGGCACUGACCUUAGAAUUGAGACCAAUACAUUGAGAGUGCUGAAAAUGAGGCCAAUAAAAGACUCUCUUGUAGACCCACGUUACAAAACACAAGCUCAAAUGAAAGACCAAGAAGAUCAGUUCAAAAUAUUCACUGAUAUUGAUCAGUUCACAUUUGUAUUAGAAGGGAAACCUAAACAGGUAACAGGAGAAGAAUCUUCAUCUACUACCUACACUAGUGUCUCUGGCAAAGCGGUUUCUUUGCCAACUUCAAAACAAGUAAUUCAGGGAGGGGACAAAGGUACUAUUUCAGGGUCAGAAAGCACACAUGUUAUUUCAUGCACUAAAACCAUUACAAAGAAAACAGUACAGGGGCCUUCUGGACCAAGAGAAGAAAUAUUUGAAUCUUUCAGUGGUGGACCAGAGUGUGAAAGUUUAUCAAAACGUAAAACUGAAGCUAAGGGAGAGGUCCUGCCUGAUGGCACUUACAAUGUUAAAAUUUCUGGAUCAGGAGGUGUCAGCAAGAUUCCAAGCUUAGAAGAAUUUAUUAGUUCAGCUGGAGUUAACACACAAACCCAUUACAGCAGUAGCAGUGGUGUAAGUGGUGGUACAAUCACCAAAACAAGUAGUUCUAAAAUAGUUGAUGGUUUCUCUGAUCUGGGAGAGGAUGAGAUUGAUGAUUUCCAUACGUUCCAUGGUACUCCUAGCUUUACACCACUGAAAAGUCAAACCUCAUUUACCAAGACUGUAGUUUCCGGCAGUGAUGUUGGUGGCUCCCAGUGGGAUACAAAAUACAAGAGUAAACAAGUUUUUGAAGAUCAUGGGCCUCUCCAACAAGAUAUCAGUGGAGAAGACACACCUGAUUUACAGGCUCGCAGUGUGAGAAAACAAGUAAAGGUGGUUACCAGUUAUACUGGGACAGGUAAAUGAAAAUGAUAGAGAAGGAUCCAACAUUAAGUUAAAAAAAACCAAAAAACCUCAACACAUAAUUCACUAAUUUGAUCCUACGGAACUACUCCAUCAAGAUGCUUUCAAAGGGGGUUGAGGGGAGAUAGCUAAAUUAGAUCCCCAUAUGAGAAGCAACAUAUAUAGUAUAUAUUUAGAGCCCCAAACAAAUAGUGCCAUAAUUGGUGCAAAGAAAAGUAUAGCUAUAUUUGUUAUUGUUACAUAUCAUAAAAUCACGGCUAAUAAAUGUGAUUUAUUAACAGCAGUUAUUAGGAAUAUCAACUUGGUGACUUAGAGUUAUGCCCAAACUAGGCAUUUGCCAUUAUUAAAUAGAUCUCAACACCAAAUCAUACUUACAAGUAUGAAAAGAUUAAAAAGAUUGUUAACGCGAUACAAAUUGUGUUAAAAUUUGAGGGGCACAGAAAUCAUUUGAAUAUAUGAGGGAUUAGUGUAUUAUUACACCUGGACAAACACAUUUAUAGUACAAAUCUAAUAUUUCCUUUAACAAGUAGUAAGAUCUUUUUGCACCACUAGUGAUUUUAUAUUCCAAUCCCAAUUCUUUCUUGUUAUAUAAUGUAGAUUAAACAUAAUAAUUCAAAAUACUUUGACAGUCCUGGUAACCUUUAUUAUGCAUGAUAAUAAUUGUAAACCAGAUAAAACUGCAUUUCUUUUUAGACUGUGAUGAUAUCCGCCAAAAACACAGUUCUGGUGCCAAAAGUGGCAUCUUCAAAAUCAGGCCAGAAGGAUCCAAUAAAGUACUUUCAGUAUAUUGUGACCAAGACACAGAGUUGGGAGGAUGGCUUUUGAUUCAGCAAAGAGAAGAUGGAUCCGUGAAUUUUAAUAGGACAUGGGAAGACUACAAGAAUGGAUUUGGCAGUGUGGAUGGAAAUGGAAAAGGAGACUUCUACAUGGGCAAUGAAUUCAUCCACUUACUGACUCAGAAGAACUCCGUUCUUCGAAUUGAACUAGAGGACUGGUCUGGGGAGAAGGUGUACGCUGAAUAUAAUUUUCACCUGGGGUCUGAGUCUGAUGGUUAUGUUCUUAGAGUCUCUGAGUAUGGUGGCAGUGCAGGAGAUGCUCUCAUAGAGGGGUCCAAGGAUGAUGGGGAGCACACCUCUCACAAUGGCAUGAAGUUUAGUACAUUUGAUAGGGACAGUGAUAAGUGGGAGGAGAAUUGUGCAGAAAUGUAUGGCGGGGGCUGGUGGCAUAACAACUGCCAAGCUGCAAACCUUAAUGGGAUUUAUUACUUUGGAGGACAUUAUGAUCCACGUAAUAAUGUUCCAUAUGAGAUAGAAAAUGGGGUUGUAUGGAUACCCUUUAAAACAGCAGAUUACUCCCUUAAAACGGUCAGAAUGAAAAUUCGGCCAUCAGAAACCACUGAAUAA